UACGACUCAAUCCCCUUUGAUCGUCUCUGAAACAAAAAGGCCCAUUUCUUGUUUUCCUUUUUCCUUUCUUCUUUUUUCCGGCAGCCCAAAAUCAAAAUAAAAAGCCAAAUUCAUAUUCCUCCACGCAGUUGCCGUCGUGCACUUCCGCCAUAUUCUGGUACAGAGUUCACCAGAGAAAUCAAUAUAAUAUUUCCAAAACGGUAAUUAAAUAUAAAUUGGUCUGCGCAUUUUUCGGCGUUACCAUAUUCACCGAUCCUAUAAGACACCGAUUUCAGUGUAUGGAGUUAUACUCUCUGAACCAAAAAACUCAAACCUGUCUCCCCAAACUCUCUUUACAAUCUUCAAAAACUCUUUUCAUAUCUUCUUUAAUUUUGUAGCAGUAAUAGAAGGAGGAGGACUCGUGGUUUUUUCACUUUGGUGGUUUGCGCUUUGAAUCCUUCUUUUAAGGGUAUUGUCUUUUUUGUUUGUCAGAUUUUUGUGAGCGUGGGUUUGAUUCUCUCUCGGUGUUAAACUUCUCUUUGACGGCAUCUUCUCUCUCUCUCUCUAUUUACCAUCUCAAAGCAAUCUCUCUUUACUCGCACGCUCUCGUUUCUUCCAUCUCUUUAAAUUUUCUUGUAUGUUCAAACCCAAGAGUCUUUGAUCAACUUUUCUUAGCCAUGGAUCACAGCAUACUAUACCGGCCAGUGAAAUACACCGAGCACACACAAACCACCACAAAAAUCAUGAAGCAAAAUCCCAGAAAAACCCUUCCCCAUGCUCCAAUAAGUGUCCGAAUAUCUGUAACUGAUCCUGACGCCACGGAUUCCUCCAGCGACGAAGACGAUGACGAUCUUUUCCAGAAGCAACGUGUCAAAAGAUACAUCACUGAAAUCAAAAUGGAGACAGCUGCCAGUGGCGUCAGCACCAAUUGCGGCCGGAGCAGGGCUGUUGAGACUCUCCGGCCCAAGCCCAAGCCCAUGAAGACGCCCAACGAGGCGGCGCCGAGGAAGUUCAGAGGCGUCCGGCAGCGGCCCUGGGGAAAGUGGGCCGCCGAGAUAAGAGACCCUUGUAGAAGGGUCAGGCUCUGGCUGGGUACUUACAACACGGCGGAAGAGGCUGCCAUGGUCUACGACAACGCUGCCAUAAAGCUCCGCGGCCCGGACGCUCUCACAAACUUCACCACGCCGCCGGAGAGUAAUGCGGCGUCUGUUUCGGGCUACGAUUCCGGUGAUGAGUCGCAUAUCAUUUCCUCCCCGGUAUCGGUUCUCCGGUUCAAGGGUAGUCGCUCGAGCGAGGAUACUGAACCGGCCGGUCUAAGUAGCCAGUGCAGUGAGUAUACCGAUCCCGGUCCGCCCGUCCCGGUUCUCGGCCGUGUGAAAGAAGAGAUUAGAUACAACUCGGUGGAUGGUCUGAACCAGUCAAGAUACGAGCCCGGUCCGGUUCAUAACGACCUCGGUUCGGAGAUGGAGGAGUGUCAAGGAGAAACGAGUACGAUGCCCGAUUACUGGAACGAUUAUUUGCCCAUGGACAUUACGCUUUUAGACAAUUUCUUCAACUUUGAACCUCAAGAGGAGCACUUGUUCGGGAACGAAGCGAGUUGUUACGAUGAUUUCUCGAUGAAAAUCGAGGAUUUCCCGUCGCUCGACGUCGCCUUUCAGAGAGUGAAGUUCGGAGAUGUUAAGGAAAUAGGCUCACUCGAUGUUGAAGAUUAUUUUCAAGACAUGAGCGGUUUUGGUGUCGCCUUAGCAAUAUGAUCAAUGUUCAAAAAACAUAUGUUUGAACAUCAUCAGUCGGAUUGCCGAUUAAAUGGCAAAUUUUGUUUUUUUUAAUUCGACUGUCGGCUUGUAUUUUAUUUCAAUCAAGUAUACUUAGUAGCUAAUUUUAGAUGUAAUGUAAUGCUAUCUAGUAUCUCCAUCCAAAAAUGAGAAUGGGGGUUGAGUUGAGUUGAAUUGAGUUGAGUGAGUUUAGUUUAUUUUCCGUGAUAUAAAUCUUGAACAAUAAAUUGCAUUUGAUUUCUCAACA